AUAAAUUGGCACAAAAGAGUGAAAAGUAAAACUCACACAUCAAGAAUCAUGAGAUCUGCUAGUAUUUUUUUGGUUUCUUGUAUUAUCAUGUUCUUCAUCAUGAACAAUGUCAAAGACGUGGAAGCUGGAUUGACUCCAAUGGAUAACCAAUGCGGCCGGAAGGAUAUAUUUGUCGGGGGAUGCGGUCCUGACGGAAACAAAACGUGCAUAAACGACUUUGUUAAGAAAGGAGGUGAAGGGAAUAGGCCUUCUAGUUGCGAGUGUGAUGACUUCGGCGAAGAACAUUUAUGCCGAUGUAAUUUUUCUUGCUAGCUUUUGUUAUGGUAUAAACAAAACUCAAUAACAAUAAAUAAUUAAUGGAGAUUAACACAGAAGAAACUAGUUUUGUUGUUGUGUGUGUCUAAAAUCAUAAGAAAAAAGUAGCAAAACUUAAUAAACUUUAUUAUUUGUGCAAA